AUGCCACCGCAGAAGGGAUUCGCGGCGUAUUGGGACAGGGCGCGAGAGUCAGGUGCGGACCAGAAUCGACAGGGCAUCGAUGGGCAGGUUGUGCGGAAGAGGGUCGUCCCGAGUACCACGAAAGCUUACGACAAGGUGAUCACGAUGUUCGAAGACUACUGCACGGAGUACGGUCUACAGGCGGCCGUCGCGGCGUACGACAUGAGAACGCUCAAGGACUUCAUGAAUAUCGUCAGCUGGGGCAUCGAAGGGAAGUACGGCGACCCGACCCCGGGAGAGCAGGCCAUUAUUUGCAAAUGGAAUUAUUUGACGGCCAAUAUCCGCCGCAAAUACGGCAAGGACGUCCCUCGCGAGGCGACUUCCUCAGUGACCAACACAUUCGUGAUCCCGAGCAUCGGAGCCCCGAGCCGGAAACGUCCCAAGAGGCAAGCGACCACGUCGCGUUUCGUGCACCUGGUGGCGACCCUGUGGGAGCGUGACUGGCAUUUGUAUCGGCAGCCCCAGGCUCGGGUGAGUCUGUCAGCGGAAAUCCUAGUCUACAGCAGUAGCUCGGCGAGAAUUGGUGAGAUGAUCCAGUCCAGCAGCCGUCCAGGGACGGGCAAGGGCGUCUAUUUCCGGGAUGUCGUGAUGGUGAUCUUCCGUAAUGAGGAAGGGAUGGCGGAGUUCGCGGUCCGUGUCGUUCGACCGGCCAAGGGUCAAACGUACAAUCCUGAGAACAACCCAGAGCAUGCCAUGCACGAAGGCCGCGGUGCGAAGCCCUUCUUUCUCAACCCGGUGCUGAUGUUUCUCGCUCUUUGGGUCGCCCGUGGUGCCUUUCGAGACUACUCCACGGUCGACCAGAUCCUUGACAUCCCCCCGCCGGCGCAGGGAAGAGAUGCCCAUGUCCUCCGCUGGCGAGAUGGGAACCUUCCCCUCUUUCCAGGGGUCGAUCAACGGAUCCAGAAGGCGAACGCUUUCGACGCCCACCGUUACCUCCUGGGUAAACGUGCCGGGUUUCCGUACCCCCCCACGAUUCAUGAGAUCCGGGCGGAGGGCGUCAGUCUCGUGGAUAGCAUGUAUUCAGGGUCGAAACGUAUGAAGCAUGCCGGCCACGCCAACCCUCGAAUACACAACAAAUUCUACGAGCCCAAUCUGGCCACCGAUCUGCAGAGUUUGCAGGAAGGCAACGACCCCCGUACCUUGGUCAACGAGGUCUUCCGUGAGCUGUCCAUUCCUCGUCACCCCGACCUGGCCCAGGAACUGCCCGCGGCGGAGCAAUAUCGGCUCCAACAGAGAGAAGACUACCGAGACAUUCAACGGGCUCUGGCCGAUGGCCAAACCGGGAUAAACCGCAGUCGCCUGUACACGAAACUGCGAGGACUGGAGAAGCGGGCCUUGGAUGUGUUCCAGCGAUCACAGCAGCAAGCUGGUCCCAUCGAACCCGGCUGUGAAGACGAUGACGGCUACUCCUUAGGUCCGCAACGGUCUCGGUACGCCCGAGCCUGCCGCCUGAUGCCCCUGCGUCGACGGUUGGCGGAAAACAUCUUCAAAGUAGGCCAUCUUCGGAGCCCCCUGGGCCGUCAGGUGCUGGCAGAUCUCAUCGCGCUGGCCGGUCAGCGUCACGAGAUCGAGAUCCGGACGGGCUUAGAAGCGGACCGGUGCCAUUGCGACGUCGCACACGAUAGCAACGACGGUGCCAGCAGCUCCAACGGUGAGGAAAGCGACGAUGGCUGGAACAGUAGUGUGGGCGAUGGGAGCGGUGACGACGGUGAUGCGGGCUGCGUGAGGGACACGACUGGGAGGCAGAGCCCGAACAUCGGGUCGUACGGCCAUCCCGCAGCUCGAUGGCGCCACAUUCAUCGAUGCCAUCGGACGUAUCUGUUUAGGAAGCAUGGCUUCGGGGAGUUCUGCUUCAUCUGCGACACCUGGUUCACGGGUCGGCUGCAGUGGGAGGAACACUGCCGGUCACACGUGGGCAACCCGUCCACAAUCCCAGCGCAGUGUAAUCCUCUGAUCUACGGAGCGACGUUGGUCCACCCGGGUUUCUGUCCCGUCUGUCUUGGCAAUGGCCACUUCUCGCAGUACCUUGAUCGCGGUUCGUGGAAGAAGCACGUCGACGCUUGUUUUGGUGUCUGGGUGGGGUCCCACCGUCGCCCGUUGUCCUGCCCGUUUCCCCACCCCAAAUGUGCGGCGCUUGCCGUGGACCCGUUGACGCUUGUUUUCCACUGGUGGGACAUUCACGUGAUUUCAAUCCCACGGGAGACAGUUGACAAACUGCAAGACGUGGACCCAACUGUUGAAUCGAUCGCUCCCUCGCGGCAGCGUGGAUUUGCCUUUAUCGAUCAAACCCAGUUCGCCAAGGCGCGCGUCCUCGCGGGUGAUGAUGGCGUGCGUCCAGGUCGCUCCGGGAAACGGGGUGUUCCGUCCAUCGCCGAGGACGUAAAGACGGACCGGCGGCGGGCACGUGACCUGUCACGAGGGGAGGCGUCCACCGAUGAUUGCCAGCCAGCCAAGCGCCUGAAGACUCGCAAAUAUCCAACCAUCGCUGUUGUGAUACCGUGGUCGCCCUUGUGGUCUUCAACGAGGUCGACGGCUCUUAGUCCUGGGCGGCUCGUAGAUCAGAGAGGAUCAGGGCACACGCCAAUGACGGAGUUGAACACCCAAAAAAGUAGGAACUCGCGGAGUGCUUGCUCCUUUCAUCUGAACCACACAUAA